AUGUUCUAAUAGGCAAAGGAGAUUUUGAUUGAAGAAUCUAACGUCUAACCAGCACAUGCACUAGUUAUAAGUUUUGGUGAUAUUCAUCGUUAAUUACAUAAUUUGAUGGAACUAUUUAAAAUAGGUGGCAAAGCAUCAGUAAUGAAGUGAUUUUAUUUUGAGGAUUGCUAAUUAUCUUUUUAUGGGAGAUUAUUUAGAUCAAGGUCAUCAUUCUGUAGAAUAUGUAGCACUUUUAAUAUUGUUAAAAGUGUAAAAUAUCUAAUGAAAAUUGAUAAGUCGAGACAGAAUAAAUAUAUUAAGAGGUAACCAACAAUCAAGAAAUAUUACAUAAAUGUAUUGAUUCUAUUAGGAAAGUUCUGGUAAGUAUGGAAACAGCAAUGUUUGGAAAUGCUUCACUGAAUUGUUUGAUUACAUACCAUUAAAAGAAGUUAUUGAAAAAUCAAAAGUAAAUUCUUUUUUAUUCAUAAAGUUCGUCUGUCUUUAUGGAGGUAUUUCUCAAUCUAUUAAUAAAUUGAAUCACAUUAGUUAAUUAGAUAGAUUUUAAGAAGUAUCACGUGAAGGUCCUAUUUGUGAUUUACUUUGA